GUAAUAGCCUAGCAUGUAUCUGCUACCUUUAUAUAUAUUACCUUGUAUCUUGACAUUUGUAUUCUCAUGACCUGUAAUAAAGAGACAUUGAUUCACGCACAACAACGUUACAUGGUGUCAGAAAAAAGUUACUGAAUAUUCUUUAAAUAUUCGUGAAUCCGGUGCGAUCGUUUGUGGAAAUAUCUGGCAAAGUGCAGAGAAUGCACAUCGUGUGCCUAUUUAUGUUCAUAACGCUGUUAUUUGGCGUCUAGGCGAGGUCUAUUACGGUUUAGAUAGGAAGUCAAAAUCGAGUUCUACCGGCUUCCGAUAAAAUGGCGUCGGCUGCAGGCUUGAAGCCACCUAAGCCGAUCGUGUUGGGAGACAACAUGGCCGCCCAAUGGAAGAAUUGGGUUCGGCAAUAUUCUUGGUUCGCCACAGCAACGCAGCUGUCGGAAAAGUCGAACGAGGUGCAAGCGGCAACAUUUAUGAGUGCGAUAGGAGAAGAUUGUGUACGAAUUUACGACACGUUUGGCUUACGCCCAGAAGAAGAAAAUGACGUUGACGUGAUAAAAGCUAAGUUUGAUGAAUAUUUCACUCCCAAAUCUUGCAUAACCUUCGAACGAUAUAAUUUCAAUCAAAUCGUUCAGCGGGAGGAUGAACAGUUUGACAGUUUCGUCACUAGAGUGAAAGAGCAGGCCAAAAAAUGCUCAUUUAGUGUGCUUAAUGAUUCUCUUGUUAAAGAUCGAAUCAUAAUCGGGGUAAAAUAUACUAGUCUAGUGCCACAGUUACUGAACGAUGAUUUAAUGCUGCAGAAGACAAUAGAGUUGUGCCGUAAUUUCGAAUUAACAACCAUUCAAACCAAAGCGUUGGCAGGAGAAGCAAAAGUGGACGCAGUGAAUUCGUCAAUGAAGAAACAUAUUAGUGGUCGAUACGAAGAGCGAGAAGUGUUUCAAUGCAAAAAGUGCGGAAGGAAACACAUGAAGCGAUCCUGUCCUGCCUUUGGUAAAACAUGUCGAAAAUGUGGAGUGUCAAACCAUUUCGCCGCUAUGUGUAAAUCCAAGAAUGUCGUACACGCCGUUGGAGUAUCAGAGGAGAAUGAAACGGAGUCCGAUGAUGACUCAGAAGAACUGUUCAUUGGUACAGUGGAAAGCACAAGAAAUGAGAGUGACUGGUUUGAGGUAGUGAAAGUACACAACAAAAAGUUCUCGGUGAAGCUUGACUCGGGUGCCCACUGUAAUGUGGUACCAUUGUGGUUGGUAAAGCAGCUGGGAAUCGGUCUGCAUCAAUCGAAAACGAAAUGGCUGGUUUCGUUCUCAAAUCAUCGAAUGAAAGUGCUUGGAGAAAUCUACCCGGUGUGCCGCAUUAAGAACAGAGACUGCAACAUCACGUUCAAAGUGGUUGAAGAGUCCGUAGUGCCAGUGCUGGGUAAGGAUACGUGUAUUGCUCAACGACUGAUAGCGCGAGUGGAUACCGUUCAAGUGUUAGACGAAACAGUGUUCAAUGGACUUGGGUGUCUAAAGGAUUACGUGUACGAUAUAGAUCUGAUCCCGAAUGCUCAGUGGGAGACGAGACCGGCGCGUCAUGUCCCACAUAGCAUCAGAGCAGCAGUAAAGAAAGAGCUGGAUUCCAUGGAACGUCUCGGUGUUAUAGAAAAGAUUCACACAGCAACUCCGGUGGUCAACGCAAUGGUCCUGGUUAAACGAAACGACAAGCUUCGCAUAUGCAUCGACCCAUCACAGAUGACCAAAAGCGCUAGCACGGACCUAAAGCAGCACUCGGAUGCGGAUUUGGAGAUGCAGUCACUAAAGGCGGUGAUUAUGCAAGGUUGGCCGGAAUCAAGAAACGACCUAUUGCCAAAAUUACGAAAAUUCUGGGGUUUUCGAGAUGAGCUGACUGUUUAUGACGGGUUAAUAUUCAAGUCGAAUCAGGUGCUCAUUCCACAUUCGAUGAGGAACUCUAUGCUGGUGAAGAUACAUAGUGGACAUUCCGGCAUUCAAAGCUGUAUUCGCAGGGCAAGGCAAGUGUUGUUUUGGAUAGGUAUGGCUAGCGACAUUCAGGAAAUGGUAGAAAAUUGCGCGAUAUGCCAGCGUCAUCAACGUAACAACACGAAGAGCACCAUUAUCCUAAAGGAUAUUCCCGGCCUUCCUUUCGAGAGAGUCGCUUCCGACCUGUUCCACUUGAAAGGAAAAGAGUAUGUUCUUCUCGUCGAUAGCUUUUCUGGAUACUUCGAUUUCAAACAACAAUCUGAAACAACAUCUAACCAAGUAAUCCAACAAUUGAAAGAAUGGUUCUGUGUCCACGGCAUUCCUCAAAUUUUGGAGACGGACAAUGGUCCUCAAUAUGCUUCUGAAGCGUUUCGCCAAUUUAGCCGUCAAUGGGGUUUCGAACACCAGACAUCAAGUCCUCACUUUCCAAGAGCAAACGGAUUAGCUGAACGAAGCGUGCAAGUAGCCAAAUCGAUGCUGAAAAAGUGUAGUGAUGAUCAGUCGGAUAUACGGCUGGCAUUACUUCACAUGCGGAACACACCUCGUAGUAGUCUCAUACCAUCACCCAAUGAAAGGCUUAUGGGUCGUUUGGUACGAUCGAACAUGCCGAUGACGUUGGAAGCACUAAGGCCUAGAGUAGCAGUGAACGUUCAGCAAUUAAUGGAACGCGAAAGAAUGAUACAGAAGAAUUAA